AGAGAGGGUGGGACAGCUGCCAAGAGGCAGAAGGAAGGGGCAAGCUGUCAUGGCCAGGGAUUAUCUGCCAUUUCCAGUCCUGGAGCGGGACGCCCAGUCCCCGCCGGCGGGCCCGGUCAUUCUGGCCGCUUCACGCCGCGGGGCUCCCGUGUCAACACUCCCGGGUGUCUGCCACCUCCCCUCUGCCCCUUCCCGCUGCCUCCAUCCCGCUGGUUAGCAGGGAGCGCACAUGGCAGACGGUCCCUUAGCGCCCUCUGAGUGGGACCGUGACGCGUCUCUGCUGGAGGACUACGCGUCCCGUCAUGCACCGCGGCAGGGCCCCGCGCCGGCCCGGGGGGCGAACCGGGGCCCGGGGGCCGAACCGGGGCCCGGGGGCCGGGCCCGGGCCCGGGCCGGGAACGGGGCGGCUGGAGCGAGGAGGGAGCGGCGGAGCCAGGGGGGGAGUCCGGAAGGAAGCACAGUCCCGGCGGAGGGUUGUCUCCAGGGAUCCCGGAUGGCUCCGGUUAAAAUCAGCCACGUCGUGUCCUUCUCCUCGCAGGACCCCAAGUACCCGGUGGAGAACUUGCUGCUCGAGGACGGCCACCGGCCCUGGCUCAGCUGCCCCCGGGACCGCAGCAGGCAGCUGAGAGCGGAGCUGCAGCUGGAGAGAGCCAGUGCCAUCGGCUACGUGGACGUGGGCAACUGCGGCUGCGCCUUUCUGCAGGUCGAGGUGGGCCGUUCCUCGUGGCCCCUCGACCGGCCCUUCCUCACCCUGGUGCCCAGUGUGGCCCUCAUGACGCCGGCCGACUCCAAGCUGGGCCAGAACCGCUGUGGCGUCCGGAUGUUUAAGGAAGCGGAUUUCCUGGCGCUGGCGGUGGGGCAGAAGUGGGACCGCCUGCGGCUGACCUGCAGCCAGCCCUUCGACAAGCAGGGCCAGUUCGGGCUCUCCUUCAUCCGCCUGCGCACACCGCAGGACGCCGAGCACCCCGAGCACCCGCUCCCCUCCCGGCAAGGCCUGGAGGAUGUCGAGCCCGCAGACAGCCCCUGGCGCUCCAGUCCUGCCUUUUGCCGGACUUUCUUUCCCGAACCGCGCUCGAGCUCGAGGGAGGAGGAGCAGCUGAAGAGCCGCCUGCAGCAGCUGGAGCCAGGUGCCAGCAGCACAGCCCGCCUCAGCCGCCCGGCCCAGAUGGUGCUGUCAGCAGCGCGGAGCCGGGCAUCAAGGCCCAGAACGGGCACGGGUGACCCAGGGGGUGACACAGAGCUCCCGGGUGAGGACAUAGGAGGCCCUGCGGCGCCAGGGCCGGCACAGGACGUCCCAGCAGCCCCCACCAGAGCCCGCAGGCAGCCGUCCCGCAGGCAGCGAGCACCCAGCCCUGCCGGCAGGGCUCUGCCAGCCACAUUCCGGUCAGGAGGAAGAGCCAGAGCCCGCAGCCACCGAGAGAGACGGGCCAGAAGGGGUGACAGUGGAGGGGACAGCAGUCAGGAGGAGACAGGCAUCUGCCCCAUCUGCUCAGGCCGCUUCAGCCUGGAUCUCCUCCCCGUGCACGCCUCCCGCUGUGGGGAGGAAGACCCUGCCGCAGCCUGGCCUUCCUCCCCGCUGGUGUCCCCCGACACCUGGGUGUCCUGCCCCAUCUGCGAGCUGCCCUUCGACGCCGCGGAGGUGGAGCGACACGCCAGCACCUGCGGCGAGCAAGGGUAGGGCUGCGAGGACGGCGGAACCAGGGAGGGGACAAACCUUGUGUCAUGGCACCCGGGGGCUGAAACCCCGUCGCUGCAGCCACUGGAGACACUGGACCAGUGCCCUGGAGCCGGUUGUGCCACGGCAAGACGAUGCAUGGGCAGGGGCCGAGCCUGCGCAGAAGCCACCGGCCACGCUGGCAGAGGCCCCGGUGAACUUGUGGGGAGGGAGAGGCGGCUCCCAUGGCCACGGCCAGGCUGGGGAGGGGGGGGCACGGGGCGCAGCCACGGCUGUGACGAGGGGAGUUGCUGCUGGAGGAGAAUAAAUUAAAGGACAGAAAGAGGAAAAAGAGAGAAAAUUCCCCUGUGGCUGCACAGCGUUGCCCAAGUGAGCAUCCAGCCCUGGGGGACCCGGGGACAGCCAGGGUGACGAGGAGAUAGUCACGCUUUUCCUCCCCUCGGGGUCCCUGGCCCCACA